CGUGAUCGUCGUACCGUCCCCACAUGCGCGCGCGCAUCCCCGCUACGCUCACUAUAAAAGACAUCGUCGAAACCUGCCGCGAGCUAUUACAGAAGUGUACGUGUGUUUUUUCCCGCCGUUCAAAACAUACAAGAUGCAGGCGUGGUUAGUUGUGGCGUGUGCCGCAGCGUUAGCGGCUUUGGCUGCAGCCCAGAAACCCGGCCGCUUCCUUUCACUGCCAAACCCUCAAAAGUGUGCCAGUAGGCCAAAAGAGUUCAACUACCGCGGCCACAAUUACUUCUACAGUGGACAUGUGCCCGAGCUAGCCAACAGGAAAUUCGACUGGCUGGACGGCAGAAACAUAUGCCGUGAAUAUUGUAUGGAUCUCGUCUCCAUGGAAACCCAGGAGGAAAAUAAUCUAAUCUUCAAACUCAUACAGCAAAAUGAUGUUCCGUACAUCUGGACGUCUGGCCGCCUGUGCGACUUCAAAGGUUGUGAAUCACGUCGCGACCUGGAACCUAAGAACGUCUUAGGUUGGUUCUGGUCCGCCAACAGGGAGAGGAUUUCGCCCACCAAUUCGAUUGCAAACGGCUGGGGCUACAACCCAUGGUCGCAGACUGGCCACAAGAAGCAACGUCAACCUGACAACGCCGAGUUCGAUAUUAACGGAACCACAGAGUCUUGCUUAAGUAUUCUCAACAAUGUAUACAACGACGGUAUCGCCUGGCACGACGUCGCCUGCUACCACGAGAAACCUGUCGUCUGCGAAGAUUCUGAAGAACUACUCAACUACGUAGCCAGCACAAACAGGGGUCUCCGCCUGUAAUUUCAUAGAAAAUUCUCAUAUCUUUUCCCCAUUAUGUCCAUAUUUAUUCGCACCGCCAUGUUCUUCACUGCCUGACGUACAAUUGUACAGAGUAGAUUAAGAAAUUAAAUUUAAAUUUAUGAUAAGUUUACAUAAGGGAAUUUUUAUUUGUAUAUAAAAUAAAAUUUAAUAAAUA